UAAACUUUAAAUUUCACAAUAAAUGGCAGAAAAUAUAAAACUUAUCACACAACUCGCACCACAUUAUAACCCGCACCAACGGUGGAAGUCGUAAAAAUCAACUUAUAACCUGCGGGUUAUAUACCGGAAAAUACGAUGUGUGAUAUACAUCAAAAUAUAGCAAAAUGGCAGGGUGUUAAUUCAUUGAUUGUGCAUUACAACAUGGGAGGUCAAGCUGGUGAUGGCAUAUUGAAAGAGUUACGUUGGAAUGUAGACAUUCAGAAUAGUGUGACGAGAAAACUGCUCAAUGAAACCCAUGGAAUCUUCUUAGAUCUACAGGAAGCAUGUGAGGAUGAUGGUGGUGAGAAGGAAGCAUGGAUUAAAACUAGUCUAGAAUAUCGGGCUGUCAUUCAGUCAUGUAUUAUUAAACUACGAGAGAAGCUGAAGUAUCAACGAGAGAGGACUGUAAAGGAAAGCAUGGAAAAUGAACUAAAUUUGUUAAGCUUUAUGGAAAUGAUUUGGUAUUUGUGUGAAGUUCUUCUUGUACAGUCACAAAGUGGAAGCUAUUGUUUACAACAUUUGUUGGAAUGGGUGAGAUGUCAUUUCAAUGAGGCAGAUAUACUUGGGCAAAAUGUCAUGUCAUCAGAUGAUCCGUAUUCACAUCAAGAUUACUGGCCAACUGUUUAUGGCUUUGUGUUACAAGGUCGACUUAAUGAAGUUUGUGACUUAUUAAUGCAUCAUCCUGAUCGUGAUCCAAGAAGAUUUGAUGCAUUUGCAAAUAUCGAGGAACUAUUGAAGAAGAUGCCUGUUUUUCAUGUAUAUCAAGGUCAGACAAUGAAUGAUUUUAAUUCAAAAUGGCAGCAUUGGCAUUCAGAAUGCGCAUCACGAUUAAGUGAUGGAGAUUUUUUAGAAUAUCCACAGUUGCAAGUGUUGUGUGAGUUGUUAUGUGGUGGAGAUGCAGCUCUUCUCAAACAAAAAGACUUAUUUCGGUCUUGGUAUCAGCUGAUGACUGCCAAACUAUUGUUUGCUGAUCCUACAGUGAAGACAUUUCAUCUAAAACAAUACGCUGUGGAAUGUAUGGAAAUGUACAAUGGUAUUGGUAAAGUGACGGCUUUGGAUGAAAUCUUUCUUUCUAUUAUGGCGUUUGAUAUUCAUAAGAUCAUUGAAAAGUGCAGUGCAACUCUACCCAAUUGGUGGUUUGUUGCGCACCUUACUGAUUUGUUAUUCCAUUGUGGAUUGCUAAGAAGUUCAAAUUUAGAUUAUGGCGAAGAACUCAGAGAGUUCAUAAUAUUAGAAUAUAGCGCAAGUUUGAUGUCUCAUUCAAGUUUAUGGAGCAUUGCUGCGGAUUAUUUGAUGACGUGUCCAGUACAUGGAAGGGAACAUUUGGAAGCUUAUUUGGAGAAGAUCUCUUUAGAUAGUGAAGCAAAAGCGUUAAAAGUGAUCCACUUAUGUACAAAAUAUGGAUUUACUGAACAAAGCAAUACGGUGUGUAAAGUAAUGGGUAUGAAAGCUCUCAGGAGGAAAAGAUUGGGUGUAGCCUUGUCCUGGUGCUUAAGGGCAAAAGAUGAAGUCUUUGUUUCGUUUUUAACAGAAAAAUUUUUAAACCACUACAUGGAAACAGGAACUUUCGCUCAGUGUGAUCUGAUAGAGAACCUUGGUUCUUCUAUGUUACUGAACAAUAAACUUACAUUUCUAGGAAAAUAUCACGAAUUUCAUAAACUAUAUUUAUCCAGCCAGUACAGAAAAGCUGGUGCAUUGUUGGUGUCUCUGCUAACAUCAAAUUUAGCGCCAAAAAAAUUUUGGAUGAUUCUGUUGAUUGAUUCACUUCCACUACUAGAAAAUAAAGAAAUUAUAUUUACCAGUGAACAAACGUACGAAUUGAUGCAAUGCUUGAAGGAGUUGCAGUUAUGUUAUAAUCCUGAUGUCACACAAAAACAAAAUAAGACAAUUGAAGAAGAAGAAAUUGCGAAAGUAGAACGACUUCACUUCGCGUUAACUCGCAAUUUAGGACGGGCAUUACUUGUACAGAGUGAUCAUGACGUCAUCAGAUAACUGGAUGUUGUAUAGUUGUACAGACUUUGUGAACUGGAAUAGUGUCUGGAUACAUUGCGUUUUUGCUUAGGCUGAGGCUGCUUCUCUUAGUAACCUAAUCGGAGGGGCGGGGGCUUAUUGAGGAGGAAGGGUGUUGAUAAAUUGGCGUAGGUGGAUUUUCAUAAAUUGAAACGAGUGGU